AUGAUAGAUAUUUCCAGAAAACCGGAUUUUGAAGCCUUUAAAGUGGAUAAAUUAGAGAAUGAAAAGAUACAUUUUCCUGAAAAGAGGAAGAUUGAUUCAUUAGAAGAAUGUGAAUUUUCGAAUGGAGACUCUGUAUUUUCAAAAAAAUCAUUUGAAUCAAAUAAAUCAAUGGAUUCGUCAUCAAAAAUGCAGAAUUUUGGUAUUUUUAUUGGUGCACAUGUUUCUGCAGCAAAGGGAAUAUAUAAUGCAGCAGUCAAUAGUGCAAGUAUAGGGUAUUUUCAUGAUUGUUUUUGUGAGAUGUUGAUUGAGAAUAAAAGUGGAAAUGCGUUUGCUAUGUUUUUGAAAUCUCAAAGAAAAUGGGUAGCUUCUGAAUUAAAGGUACAAGAUAUUGAUUAUUUUAAAAAGCUUUCUGAAGAAUAUGGUUAUGAUUUAAAAAAACAUGUUCUUCCUCAUGGAUCAUAUCUUGUAAAUCUUGCGAAUUCCGAUAAAGAGAAGAGAGAUAAGGCUUAUGUGAAUUUUAUAGAUGAUGUAAAACGCUGUCAAAAGCUAGGAAUAGGGAAAUUCAAUUUUCAUCCUGGUUCAUGCGGAAAUUCUAUAAGAGCAGAUGGAAUAAAACAUUUAACAGAUUGCAUAAAUAGGGCACAUAAAGAAGUCAGUGAUGUAGUACUUGUUGUGGAAAACAUGGCUGGUCAAGGAAAUACUCUUGGAAAUAGUUUUGAAGAAUUGGCUACCAUUUUAGAUAAAGUUGAAGAUAAAUCCAGAAUUGGCUUUUGUCUUGAUACAUGUCAUCUUUUCGCUUCAGGAUAUGAUAUAAGAACUAAAGAAUCAUACCAUAAUGUUAUGGACAAAUUCGAAAAUAUAAUCGGGUUUAAGUAUCUUGCAGGUAUUCAUUUAAAUGAUUCAAAAACACCUCUUGGAUCUAAAAGAGAUCUUCAUGCCAAUAUAGGUCGUGGGUACAUAGGGCUUGAAGCCUUUAGAGUCCUUAUAAAUGAUAAAAGGAUGCAAGACAUUCCUCUUAUAUUAGAAACACCAUCAAACAAUGACCCAAAGAUAUGGCAAGAUGAAAUUAAACUUUUAAGAUGGCUCUAUGGAAAAGAAUCAGAUGAUUCUGAAUUUUCUAUAAAAUUAAAAGAAUUAAAAGAUUUAGGGAAAAUUGAAGAGAAUUCAAACAAAUUGAAAGUAAAUAAAAAGCCACGUGAAUCUAAAAAAGCAAAAAAAUAA